AGAGAGAGGGAGCAAGAGAGGGACAGAGAGCCAUUAGCAGGGGGUGAUUGCCUAAAGUCUCUCCUCUGCGCUCUCCCUCCUUGGACACAGACUGCUUGAGCAACAGAAAAUGGAGCACCGUAUAUUCCUGCUGCUCCUGGCACUGUGCUGUGUGUUGCCCCUCGUCCUGCAUGCAGGGCGACAGAUGCCCAAACUCUCCGACAAGAAGCUGUGUGCAGAUGCGGAUUGCAGCCAUCCUAUACUCAUCGCCCGCGCCCUGGAGGAUUUUUACCCUCAGGACUGUCGCUUCAUCCCUAUUCGCCAGGGUCAGGUCAUCUAUGUUUACGCCAUGCUUAAGGACCGUGGAAACCUGUUCUGGGCUGGCAGUGUCCAAGGCUCCUACUACGGCGAACAGGAGGCGCGUCUUGGGUAUUUCCCGAGCAGUGUGGUGGAGGAAACACACGCAUUGAUGCCAGCGACAGUGGAGGUCAAAACUGACAAAUGGGACUUUUUCUGUUACUGAUGAACGAGCGUAGCUGCUAAUGCUGCUGAGUCGCAACGAACUUCACCGAAGUCCUGCUAACUAACCAGAUGCUUCAAAGUUACCUUGAUGUUAUAUAAAUUUGAGAGCAUAAAGUGAUCACUUACAAUUUGUCAACCUAUUCCAUGUGUAUAAACACGCAAUAUUAACAAGUAUUUCUUUAAACCAACCUUCUGUUGGGGUGGAAAAACACGUAUUCCGUCUUCCGUCUCAGUCUUCCGUCUAGCUAAAGUAUAGUCUGCUGAGCAUUGUUGCUCUGUUGCUGUCCGGCUGGAAUAAACAUCAAAAUGCAGCUCUCAAUAUAACAUGCCUCCGUUUUGUUUUC